AUGCGCACCUUCUCUUACAUCAUCGUCCCCGCCCUCGCGCUCCUCAACAUGGGCGUGCAUGGCGCGACUAUCGCCAACGUCCUGACCGCUCGGCACCCCACUCAGCUCCAAGGCGUCUCUGCGUUCGGGCGUGGCCUCGCUCUCAACCUUCGUCAGGUCCACAACGCCGACUUCAGCUCGAGCACCGCGCCCACUGCUGCUCCAGCUAGCGACCCUGCUCCCGCUGUUGAGCCUGCUGCCACCGCCGCGAAGCGCGAUGGUGAUGUCACUUCUGACGCGAAUAUUGACACGAACACUUUAGAAACCGCUGCCGAAAAACCUGUCCCCAACGGCGUCGGUGGUGUCGUCCCGUCAGUCCAGCAAAAACUUCCAACUCGCGAGGUUCACGCUCGUCAGGAUGACCCCGCCGCUGACACCACCGCCGACACCGACUCAGUGGACGCAGACCAGGACGACACCGUCUCCGAAGCCGAUCCCGACAUCGAGGAUGCGGACGCAGCUGUAGACACAGCGGACACCACAGCUGUGACUCGCGCGGUUCAUGCACGUCAAGAUGAAGACGACGCCGUCGACCCAGCCGUUGACACCGACUCGACGGAGGCAGACGACGACGAUACCGCCGAGGACGCAGCUGAAGACGCCGCGGACACAGCGGACACAGCAACUGUGACUCGCGCAGUUCACGCACGUCAAGAUGAAGACAUCGACCCAGCCGUUGACACCGACUCAGACGACACUGACGAAGAUGACGCCGCCGCAGAAGAGGAUGCUGCAGCUGCAGAGCCGACAGAGACCCCAGAUAACGUCUCCACUGCUCAGGAUCUCACGACUCAAGCCCCCGACGAGGAAUCGUUCGACGCUCGCGCUGACACUCACACCCUCAUCAAACCGCUCGCCCUCCCUCGCGAUCUCAUCGCGAACAGGCGUCAGGUCGGACAGAGCCUCAGCGGUGACAAAAACAACAUCGUCUCGGAUGUGCAGAUUAAGGCCCCUCUCUCUGACGUUCCCGGACCCUCCCUUGCAGGGAGACGCUCGAUUAUGAAGCAAGUUGGUCGCCGCGCGCCUCAGUUUCAAGGCGCUGUUGCCGGUUCUGGUGCUGGCGCCGUCAGUCUUAGGAACUCGGGUAGCAGUUAG